UUCCGUACUAAAUCAUGGUAUGGUACUACUAGCUGCGUACCGGUGACGACUAAAAAUAUUUGGACAGUGCAAGGUGACACACCAAGAGCAGAUUGAUUUCUUGUAAUUUAUAUAUCAAGAAUGUGAAGAAAGAAACAAAAUGUCGGACAGCAAAAUUCCUCAACCUUUAGAUAAUAUAGGUUGUCAGGAUCUGUUACUUGAGGACUACUGUCACAGUGGUUGGUUAAGAAAACAGAGCUUUAUAAGCAGAUUAGGAAAAUUUAGAUGGCCACAGAUUUACAUGGUAGUCAGUGGAGGUUGUAUCUAUUAUUUUAAAAAUGAAUACAGUACCCGACCAGCGGGGAAGUUUACACUCUAUGGAUAUAAUACGGUUGCCCGAGCGCAAGAAAAGGUUUCACCAAAAGUGGCACCCUUCGCCUUCAAAGUUGUUCACGCCUCCCCAGAAUAUAAAACGUACUACUUCGCUGCUGGGUCGGAAAAAGAAAUGAAGGAAUGGAUGAGACGUAUUAAAAGUCAACUAAUGAAGGCCAAUGGCCAGAAAGCAGACAAUUAUUAUUAUAUGUACAAGAAAGCUGAGAAAGAAACAAAAGCAGCAGAAGAAGACGAAAAAUCUAUGACGUACCAGGAGAUAGAAACUGACAUUUAUGGUGACACUAAUGCCUUCAAAGCCACGAAUGACUACGCUUUGAAAUUCAAGCUUAAAGGAAGAGAUGAUGUGUCAGAUGAUGAGGAUAUAUCUGUACCUGCUCCCCCUCCCCGGAGAGGACAGGGAAAAGACGCAUACAAAGAAAGACCCCCUGCCCCUCUACCUGAAGAGGAAAACAAACCCUCAGUCCCUCCCCGACGACAGGCAGACACGUCUCAGCCAGUGAGAGAAAAUGAACAAAGAGAAGGUGGAAGACGUAAAGGAUCCAUGGACGCGGCCGCCAGAGUGCAUAAAGAAUUAUCAGAGACACUUUCAAACAGUCACUCUAAAGGAAGGCGAAAAGGAUCAAAAGACAAAGAAAACACUCCAGUUUCUGACAGAAGAAUGGCUGAAAUUAAAGCUGAAACAGAGGAGGACGACGAAGAUGAAGAUAGCGAGGACUAUUGGAGUAAUAUUUAUUAUGACGGGGACGAUAAAGAGAAGGCACAGGAAAUAAUACGGAAUAUUGGUGAGGAUGGUGUGUAUCUGAUUCGGACAGGUGCAGAUGGAGGGCAGGUGUUGGUUGUUUUUGCAGAAAACAUGCCAAAGAAAUAUAAAAUUACCAAUGAGAAUGGUGAAUUUUACCUCAAGAAGGAGGGUCCCCAUUGUGACUCAGUGGAAAUGCUGAUGUACACCUAUUAUUCUACAGAGCUUCCUACAGCAAAAUCUUGUCUAGAAACACCUUACAAACUCCACCCAAAGUAUAAAGGAUAGCAGCUCUUUAAUGGAUUAGCAGUAUUAAAGUUGUAUUUUUUUAAAUCCUCUGCUUACAUAUUAAAAUGUAAAAAACACUUAAGCAUCAAGAAUUAUUUAAAC